CAACAAUGCCAAUAACGAGUACUUCUCGAUUCCAUAUAAAUUAGAUGAUCUAUUUUAAGAGUUACUUGCCUUCGAAGAUCGAUACCAAAAGGGUUCAGACAAAUAUGAUGUGAUUCAAAAAUUAGUUGAUUUAUAUGCUGUUUUAAUAGAGCAUUAUGAUAGUAUAUAAGUAAUAAAUAACAGCCAAAAGUAGGACCCUGUUGGAUAUUAUUUUAAUGAGAAAUUAUAAUCUUUGUUUGCAUGUUAACGAGCUUUGAAGACCAUUCGUAAAAUAAAUUAGGAUCAAGGCACAUUUGUGCCUGUACAAUGUUAAAGUUUAAUAGUAUAAGAGACAAGAAGUAUAGAAAAUAGUUAGGAGAGCACAAAAGCAAAAGUAUGAAUGUAAUAAAAUUGUAAAGUAAGUGGUUUGUGUGGAAUCGAAGAAAAGAGAAAGACAGACAAAGGCGAAGAUAGCGAUGGAAAUUUAGGAUUAAAUUGAAUGUAAUUAGAAUAGCUUAGAAAAUAUGAUAACAGGAUAUCAAAAGACUUCGCAUUAAAAUUAGAAGGUGAUAGAGGAUGACUUAAAAAGACAGGAUGAUAACUUUUUAUAAAGAAGAUAAAAAAGAGAGAGUAAGAAAAUAAUAUAUUGAUUAAAUAGAAACAACAUAAAUGAGAAGAUCUAGUCGAAUGUGCUCCACAAAAUGUAGUACAGAAAGAUUGGAUGUUUUUGAAAGCUGUAUAGAAUUUUCGAAUGGAGGAUUAGAAUAGAUACGAGAAUUGAAUAAUAAUAAACUAUUGUAGUUUUUAAAAGAACAAUCAGAUUAAGUUAGUUCAGAUAAAAAUUAAUAUUAAGAGUGUGCAUAAGUUGAAGAUGUAUAGCCAUUUGAAGAUGUGAAAGUAGAAGAGACAGAUGAUAUGGAUAAUAUUAUACCUCCAAGAAGACAAAUUAGAGAAUCUUCAUCGGAAGAUAUAAAUGAUUCUCCACCUCAGUAAUAAAGAAAGGUUAAGUAAUUUGGAAUGAUUGAUAAUGAUGGAGAUUUAUUAUUAAUAGAAGAUGAACAGAAUCUAAUCAGUGAUUUAAAUAUCGAAUUAAAUAAUAACUAUAAUUAGAAUGAGAGUUGA